UAUCUUCCCUUAUAUAUACACAUAUUUUGCUACCUAGCUAGAGGCACACUCAAUAAUAUUAUUGGAUUUCAUUUCCUGAACCUUCACCAAAAGAUACAUCAAUAUCAUCCAAGAGAUUCUACCUCACCAAUAGCAACAUGACGAUCAUAGAGAUGAGAGUACACAUGGAUUGCCCUGGAUGUGAAAACAAAGUGAAAGAAGCACUACAAAAACUUAAAGGGGUGGAUGGCAUUGAAAUAGAUAUGAAACUCCAAAAGGUGACUGUGAAUGGCUAUGCUGAGCAGAAGAAGGUUCUGAAAACUGUUCGAAAAACUGGUUGCAGGGCUGAGUUAUGGCAACUUCCAUACACAACAGAGUCUCAAAACCAAUAUUUUCAGCAGCACCAUUGCAAUGGCCCUCUCACCUAUUAUGCUUCUCAACCUUCCUCAUCUUAUAACUAUUACAAACAUGGCUAUGAUAGCAGUGAUCCAAGCUAUUACAACUAUCCCUCACAAUCUUCCAUCUUUGGCCACCAAACUGGUGCUACUUUUAGUGAUGACAAUCCUCACGCUUGUGUCAUUAUGUGACCAUACCAUGUUCAUGCUCUUACAAAUCAACUACAUUAUAUUAUAUACCUUUAAAUUAUGAAGUGUAUGUAUGAAGCAUUAACUAAAGUGUUUAUGAAAAAGGGUUCUUUCUGGUUUUGACUAUUAAUUAUGUUUUGAAUGACUUUGCUUGUUUUGUAAUUCAAGGGAUGUACCCAUUAGAGUUAAUGAUGAUGGAUUGCAUCAUGAUGGAAGAGUCAACUUGUUUUAGCAUAAUUAGUUAAGUGCAUAAAUAAGGUUGAUGAUGUUAUAAGAUGAUGCAUUCAUUAACUAUUACGUUUUGUGUUUUUUUUU